AUGUCGUUCCCCCAGGUUUCCUCGUGGCUGCGGGAGGAACUGCAACGCCGCGUGGGGGCUGCUACGCGCUCCCUCGUGGCUGCAGUCCAAGCAGCAGCAGAAGGAGCCCCUAAUUCGCACCAGCUGUCCCUAACGCUGCAGCAGGAGUUGCAUUUUUCGCAGCAGGAUGCCGACGCCCUUGCCCCCGAGCUGCUUCGCCGCAUGGCCGCAGCAGAGGCAGCUGCAACAGAAACAGCAGCAGCAGCAGCGACAGCCGCAGCCGCUGAAGAAGCUGCGCAAGUAGCAGCACGGGAAAGCAGGAAGCGACCCAGGGAAGAAGAAGCAAAUGGCCCGACGGAUGAGGUCUCGGACGCCGCAGAAGCAGCAGCUUUUGCGGCGCGCUUGCGCGCGCGAGAUGCAGCUUCGCACAAAAAGGUGGGUGCUGCAGCUGCGCGUCAGCAACAACUGGAGCGGGAGGCCGAAGAGGCAGCAGCAGCAGCAGCAGCAGCAGCGGAGCCUGUAAAGGAGCUCCGGACGGUGGAAGAUGUGCUGCUGGAGGCUAAGAAACGUCCAAACGAAAAGCUGAAGGACAAUGAGGCAUAUAUGCAACGGCUGCGUGAGGAGGCCCGUCGCGCUUACCUCAAGAAGAGGGAGGGAGACCAGGUACUGCUGCAGGAGAGGAAAGUCCAGGACAGGGAGUGGCUGUACAGCCAAGUUGGAGAUAAACUGACUGCUGAGGAGCGGAGGGCCCUUGAGCUGCGAAAAGAGACUCUCCAGCUGGCAAAAACGGCCAUUCAGGAGAGGCAGGGCCGCGAGGAGAUCGAAGGAUAUAUCAUGCCCGAGGCCUACGAUGAAGACCUACAGGCGCGUCUGCGCGUGAUGCACCAGCCCUAUCAAGAACCAAAGCAGCAGCUAUCGGAGCAGCAACUGCUAGAGAAACAGAAGACUCAGGCAGCUCUGGCCCGUUUCGGGGCCAAAGAAGGCAGAGAACAGGCUCCCGCCUACAAGCUUGUCGAUGAGGCUGGAGCAGCUAUAGAAUUCGAAGCGAGAGAGAUGCACGGGUCCCUUACUCCCGAGACAGAUGCCAGCGCACAAAAGCCCGCGCAAGCACCAGAAGCAGCCCAAAAAGCCAAGGGUCAGAGUCUGCAGGAGCAGCGUCGGCUGCUCCCUGUAUACGCGUACCGGGAGGAGUUUCUGCGGGCGGUGGCGAAAUAUCCUGUGCUCGUUGUUGUGGGGGAGACUGGAUCGGGGAAGACAACGCAGCUACCCCAGUUCUUGCGGGAGGUUGGAUAUGCGAAGGCAGGAGUGGUCGGCUGUACGCAGCCUCGCCGCAUUGCAGCGAUGUCUGUUGCAGCGCGAGUGGCUCAGGAGGUGGGUUAUUCGAUCCGUUUUGAAGACUGCACAAGCGACAAAACGGAGCUAAAGUACAUGACGGAUGGAAUGCUGCUACGGGAGUUCCUCACCGAGCCUGACCUUCAGUCGUAUUCUGCCCUCAUGAUAGACGAGGCCCACGAGCGCACGUUACACACAGACGUCCUCUUCGCCCUUGUCAAGGACCUCUCCAGGUAUCGCGAGGACUUUCGCCUGAUAAUAUCUUCGGCAACGUUGGAGGCUGAGAAAUUUUCGGUGUACUUCGAUGACGCGCCGAUAUUUCGAAUCCCUGGGAGGCGGUUUCCAGUCCAGAUUUAUUACACGAAGAGUCCCGAGGCCAACUUCUUAGAUGCUGCUGUCGUUACUGCCCUGCAGCUACACUUCACACAGCCCCCAGGAGACAUCUUGCUUUUUCUUCCGGGCCAACAGGAAAUCGACGAGGCCGUUGAGGAGAUACAGAGACGCUUGAAAGGCCGCGGAACGGAGGCUGCGGAGUUGAUUGUAUUGCCACUGUAUUCCUCUCUCCCAGGCGACCAGCAAGCACGAGUGUUUGAGCCGACUCCACCCGGGGCCCGCAAGGCAGUGUUCGCCACAAAUAUCGCCGAGACUUCCAUUACCCUCGAGGGGGUUGUUUACGUCGUGGACUGCGGCUUCUGCCGAGAAAACCAAUACAGUGCCAAGACAGGGAUGGACGCGCUGGUGACGGUGCCUUGUUCAAAGGCAGCGGCGAACCAGCGGUCUGGCCGCGCAGGACGCGUGCGUGCUGGGCACUGUUUCCGUCUGUACACCCGAUACUCUUUUGAGAAGGAGAUGGAGGACGCAAAUGUGCCGGAGAUCCAAAGAGCGAACCUCAGUCACGUCGUGCUUACCCUCAAAGGCCUCGGAAUAGACGAUCUCCUGAAAUUCGACUUCAUGGACCCCCCAGCCCCAGAAGCCCUCAUUAGUGCCUUGGAGCUUCUCUAUGCUCUCGCCGCUCUCAACGACCAGGGGGAGCUCACCAAACUCGGCCGGAGAAUGGCGGAGUUCCCCCUAGACCCCAUGUUCAGCAAGUUUAUUGUGAACUCCGAGAAGUACGGUUGCGUAUCUGAGGCAUUAACCGUGUGUGCCAUGCUGGGCGUGGGAAAUAUGCUCUUCUACCGCCCCAAGGACAAAGCCAUCCACGCAGACAACGCCAGAAAGACAUUCGCAAAACCCGGCGGAGACCCAUUGACUCUCCUCAACGUUUAUGAGCAGUGGAUAGACACAGGCUACUCGGUGGCUUGGUGCUACGAGAACUUUGUGCAGCAUAGGUCAAUGCAGCGUGCGCGAGACGUGCGGGAGCAGCUGCAGGGACUUUUGGAGCGCGUUGAGCUCGAGGAGAAAUCCUGCGAGGGAGCUGAUGAACCCAUCCGCAAAGCCAUAACCUCAGGUUUUUUUACCCAGACCUCACAAGGUUCAUGCUGUCUGCAGGCGGCACGGCUGAAUCGCCAAGGCAGUUUCACUACGUUGAAGCAUCCGCACACUGUAGAAAUUCACCCACACUCUUCUUUGUUUGGGCAAUACCCGCGUUUUGUGGUAUACACAGAGCUCGCCCUGACAACCAAGGAAUACAUGCGCAGCGUCUGCGAGGUCAAGCCCGAAUGGCUUGCCGAAGUCGCUCCCCACUUCUACAAACAGCAGGAGCUGCAAAUCGGCAAAAUGCCCAAGGCGCUUGGUAGACCUAAGCAGGAAGAUUCGCCUCUGGGUGCCGCCACAUGA